GACACGGCGAGCCCACGAGUCAGGGGAAAAGGCCCAAGCCCACUAGAAGCAACCCUAGAUUCUUCAUCUUUUAUCUCUACGAUGCCUGUUGCCCUGCUAUCUGCUUGAUUCACUUGCCUCUUGCCGCUAUCAGGAGCUCGCCACGCCACGCAACAACAGGUGACUGGUGAGCCUCUUCUCUGAGAUCUCUUUCCUUCCGUCCGUGAUCCCGCGUGCACAGCUGCGAUGCAGAUGAGACAACCCUCCAUGUGCUUGUCAUGACCCAGGGAUGCGAUGCACUUUGUCUACCACCAAACCUUUCCUCCUUUCUUUCCUCUGUUUGUUGCUGAUGCCGCAGUCUGGACGUCUGGUUGCCGAUCCAACUGAGAACUGGCCCUUGGGUGCCUAACUGCCUAGUGCCUACUAUUAUCUCCAGGUCUCAUUGCUGAUCCAACAUGGAUGGGAAUACCUCAAAUGAGACAGAAAAUGAGCAAGGCAAUAAACCACUGUGGAAUUUUGUUGAGGUACUUGGUAGAGCUACAUGUGGUGGUGGGAGAAAUGUGGGGUUUAGGUGCAAAUAUUGCAACCGAGAAUAUAGUGGAAGCUAACUCCUGAGCGUGCAAAAGAUUUGGUCUUUGUACACAAUAACUUGAGACUUUUUUCUAGGUGAUCGAAAGCUUAUAAACAAGGGGUAACAAUAAUGUGGGAUGUAGGGAUAACUAUGAAUCACUUAGUGGUGUUGGAAUUCUUGAAGUGGCUGAUCUAUCUCUUGAAGAGCCCGAGUUGGAGAGUGUCUUUUGAAGGUGCAGACCUUGUGGAGCAAGUUGAGCUAAUUGACGGGGAAGAAGAUGAUUAGCUACUUAGUAAUUCAUGACCAUCUCAAGAAAUCUGAAUCAAGCUUAAGGUGAGCGUGAUGUCUUUCCUGAGGCUGCUACCUCGAAGGUUACCUCAACUUAUCAGGCAGAUGGAGCAAGAUGUUGAGACUGUAAUCCACGUUCUCCAGCCAGGUCCAAUAGGAAUAGUGGAGCACAAAUUCACUGAUGCAGAGAUCCUGGAGGCCGGAGCCACAGUAAGAAGAGCAGUUGAUAAUUGGCGACGGAACUGGAUCCUGGAGAGAAAUCUUGGCAGUGGUUCUUUCGACAAAUGGAAGUAAUAUCCCCCUCAUGAUUUGCAGCAGCAGUUAUUGAAAUAAAAGGGUACCAUGGCUGCCCACAACCAUUGGCAUUCAAUAGUUGAUAUGUUUUCUCCCUUAAUGUAUUCAUGGAUUCAGCUGUGAUAUAUAAUUAUAUACAUCAUCACUUUAUCUAUGAUAUAUUGUUGAGAACAAAUUCUGCUUA